AAUUUUAAUCGGAAAAAACUCUGCCAACACACACCAAACUUAAAACCGCAGUACAAUCAAGCCUUGAUUACCACAUCAACAAUCUAUUCUAAUUCCUUUCUCCUACACAAUCUUCACUUUUGUAACUUGUUCAUCUUCUUCGUUCUUGAACUUCAUCAAAGCAGUCGUAGACAUUCAAGUUUUGCUGCGGCAAAUAAUUAUGUGUGAACCAGAUUCGGAUGUUGCUAGAUGGGGUCUUGACCUUCUUGAUAUAGACCAACUUUUUAGUUCUAGUUAUUAUACUGACACUAGUCAACAUGACGUGGAGAUCAAUCAUGAAAAUUACAGCAUCAAUAGUCAACAGGAUGCAGAAUCUAGCAGUUUACAUAUUGAAGAGACAUAUCCACAUACUUUACAAGAACAAUUAUCACAACUGGCACUUGACAAAGGAACUGAAUCGUACAGUGCAGAAGGGGACCCCUGGCCGGUGUCCACUGGUAUCCAGGAUUGGUCUAGUACAUAUUAUGAUGAUUUUAUCAGACCCUCAAGUUCAUGCUCUAGCCCCGAAGAUCAAUCAUAUGAUGGAGAAGAGUUUGUUCAUACUCUAGAUAUAACCGAUGAGUUUGAACUUGAUGGAGAAGUUGGCAAGAGAUUGAACCAGAUGAUUUCUGCUCCUCAUGUGCCAAGAACUAACGGAGAUAUACCUUCUGUUGAUGAGGCGACAUCUGAUCACCAAAGACUGCUGGACAGGUUGCAAUUAUAUAACUUGGUUGAGUGCAAAGUUCAAGGGGAUGGUAACUGCCAGUUCCGUGCUUUAUCAGAUCAACUCUACCGUACACCAGAGCAUCACAAAUCUGUACGAAGACAAGUUGUUAACCAGCUUAAGUCACACCCGGAGAUGUACGAGGGGUAUGUUCCAAUGGAUUAUGGUGAUUAUCUGAAGAAGAUGUCAAAGAGUGGUGAGUGGGGAGAUCAUGUAACCUUACAGGCGGCUGCAGAUUCAUAUGGUGUUAAAAUCUUUGUCCUAACUUCUUUUAAAGAUACCUGUUCAAUCGAGAUUCUUCCAAAGGUCCAGAAGUCGGAGCGAGUCAUUUUCCUGAGUUUUUGGGCAGAGGUGCACUACAAUUCCAUAUAUCCUCGGGGAGAGCUACCGCCGUGUGAUUAUAAGAGAAAGAAAAGGUGGUGGAUCUUCGGGAAUAAGAAUUAGAUGUGCCUGCCUUGUGCGCGAAUAACUGACAAUUGACAAUAAUCUGUUUGCCGCGCCACCCUUCUCUGGUUGAGCUUUUGAGCUUCAUUCUUUUGUUUGGUUGAUAACUUUAACAUUCCUAUAUAUACUACAUCACAUUGUACAUAUGGUAUACAGUUACUAUACUUUGUUAACGAAUUAACUUGGUACUGAUAUUUCAUGUUUCUUCAAUUUCACACCUUUCGUUUCUGCUA